GGCGGAUGCAGUGGUCCUUUCGGCGGCAGCAUAAACGUUUGAGGGUGAGUUACUCACUUCCUUUUUUCUGUGGCCGCCAUCGCGAGUGGAGUGUGGUUCCCGGCGAGCCGAAACUUAAACAACGAUUAUGGCCUGUGCCCGACCCCUAAUCUCGGUUUACUCCGAGAAAGGAGACUCCUCGGGCAAGAAUGUUGUCCUGCCUGCAGUUUUCAGGGCUCCCAUUCGCCCUGAUGUUGUGAAUUUUGUGCAUACCAACAUGCGCAAGAACAAUCGCCAGCCCUAUGCAGUCAGUGAACUGGCAGGUCACCAGACUAGUGCUGAGUCCUGGGGUACAGGGAGAGCUGUGGCCCGUAUCCCUCGUGUGAGGGGUGGUGGUACUCACCGUUCAGGCCAGGGUGCCUUUGGUAACAUGUGUCGUGGAGGGCGCAUGUUUGCCCCCACCAAGACCUGGCGUCGUUGGCACCGCAAAAUCAACACGACCCAGAAGCGCUAUGCCAUCUGUUCUGCUCUGGCUGCUUCUGCCAUCCCCGCACUCAUCAUGUCCAAGGGACACCGUAUUGAGGAAAUCCCAGAGGUUCCUCUGGUGGUUGAGGACAAAGUUGAGGGCUACAAGAAGACCAAGGAGGCAGUGCUACUGCUGAAGAAAAUUAAAGCCUGGAAUGACAUCAAGAAGGUCUACGCCUCGCAACGCAUGCGUGCCGGUAAGGGUAAAAUGAGGAAUCGGCGACGCAUUCAACGCAGAGGGCCUUGUAUCAUCUAUAACCAAGAUGCUGGUGUCACCAAGGCAUUCAGAAAUAUUCCGGGCAUCACCCUCCAGAACGUGAACAAGCUGAACCUACUAAGACUUGCCCCCGGUGGACAUGUGGGUCGCUUCUGCAUCUGGACUGAGAGCGCUUUCCGCCAACUAGAUAAUUUGUAUGGCACCUGGCGUAAACCUUCGACCCUGAAGAGAAACUACAACUUGCCAAUGCAUAAGAUGACCAACACAGACCUGAGCAGGAUUCUGAAGAGUGAGGAGAUCCAGAAAGCACUUCGUGCACCCAAGAAGAAGAUCAUCCGCAGAGUCCUGAAGAAGAAUCCUCUGAAGAACUUGAGGAUCAUGUUCAAACUGAACCCCUAUGCCAAGACAGCCAGACGUCAUGCCAUUCUCAAGCAUGACCCUAAAAUCAAGGCUAAGAUGCUGAAGCCCAAGAAGAAGCCUGGGAAGAAGGGAGCACCCAAAAAAGUCAAGGCUUAAAUUUAUUCCUGACUGGAGUUCACUGAACAAUAAAUAAGUUUGGUUUGAAUCAAAA